AUGCCGUCGGUGGUGCAUUGCCUUGAGGAGCUUGAACACAUCUACGACAAACACAACCUCAAGCUCAAGACCAAUGCCUGCAUCACCCUCUCUUCUCCCAAAUCUUCCGAUUAUGCUUUUCCCUCCAACGGCCAAGAUUUAGAUGCUUUCAUCACUUCUGGCACAUGGAUAGUGGGAGCGAACCGGUUACGUCUUCAUGUUGAGCUUCUCUUUGAUGAUAUAGUAGUAUCAGGCUCUAGUUUGUACCAAGCUACCGAGAAUAUUGGGGCUGUGAUUUGCAACGCGGAGCUCUGGUCACAGCUCUGCCUUGACGCUUCUCUUACUAUAAAUGAUUCGAAUAAACUUUUCAUCUCCUUGUCAGCUCAGUCAUCUAGCGAUGCAGAUAUCCGACCCCCGAAAUGUAUCCCAUCUGCGUACCUAGAUUCCAUCCGCAUGACGUUCCAUUUCUCCACCUGCAGACGGACUAGGGAUGCUUCGAGGGCUCACGUUACCGUGUCUGGAAGUGGUAUUCAACACACUUCCGCGUCUACAAACCCUAUCCAUGAACACCUUGACCGCCGCUACAACUCUCCGUUAUCAUCACCGGGAGGGACCCAAGGCGUUCUUGGCACCCUAACGUACGGGCAUGCUCCGUGGAUUUCGGGCUCUUCAUCGGUCGGCACCUCGCCAGUGAGCUCUCAAGGCAGUGUCUCAUCCAAUAUGCACAGUACAUCUUCCCUCGACACUCUAACGACAUGCCAUAGGUACGCCAUUCAGGAAGUCAAAUUUGAGAUCCUGGUCCAAUUGAUGGAUUCUUCGCUACGGAGAAUGAUGAGUGACUACAGACCGGUCAGACCCGGAGGUAUUAUCGUUUCAAGCGAUGCUGGCUGCCCGAAACUUGCUGCCAUAUCCCCUGCUUUGUUCAGCCCCGGUUAUGUCAAGGCGGUUUCGCAGCGUACCGGGUUACUUCCCACGAUAGCACGUACUGUGUGUCGGAUGUAUCGCCGCACAAACUCCAGCUGCUUAAGACACAAGCUUAGGCGAUUACAAGAAUUGUCACUUAGUAGCUAUGUGGAUCAUGGCUCAACCGAAGACUCCGACUCAAGUAGCGCCAUAUUCUCAUCUGUUGUUGAAGCGCGGCUAUGGUUUUUGACGCGGAGCAAGCUGAUUGAUGCUUUGGCUUGCAGGAGCUUGAAGUCAUUGAGCACUUCCGGUACAACGGAUUUUGGAUUGCACGAAAUGCUAGAUGAAUCAUUGGACGAUGCGGGAGAUGUAAUGCUGGACGGGGGUGAGGUCCCAAUCUUCGACGCAUAUGGCGAUGCAAUGGAGCUUGAUGAGGCCAAUCAUUUGGACCUAUUUCGGGAGCACUCUCUAGGUGGGAUUGACGACGAGGAAGAGGAACACUUGGACGACGACCUUCUCUGGAAACAUUCCCGGGAUGAGGUUGUAUUUGACGGGGUGGAAACCCUGGACAACAAUACCGCCUCUUAUGUGCAUGAUGACUCCAAUGCCAAGCUCUGCGGGGCAUUUGCAUUCGGAUCUGGGGACGAUGUGGUAUGCUGA